AUGCGUAUUGUAAUCGAUGUCGAUGCGGUUUUACCCAUCAGAUAUGCCGAUGACGAGAAUAAUGUGGACAGCAACUGCAAGCCAUUUAAUAUCAUUGAGGACAACUCCCAGUCUGACAAUGAUGAAGAAUCGAUUACCAAACGAGGUACGGAGAAGAAACCCGCAGCUCCCGUAGUGCGAAAGAGGUCAAGGCCUCCCUCUUCUCAUUCCUCAAGUGCCCUGUAUUCAGCUCUUCAACCCCGAAAGAACUGGGCCAAGAAUAUGUUUCGUGGGGAUACACCGUAUAGUCUGCUGAAGCGGGAGGAUCUCUUUGAGCGAUGUAACUACAUCAUGGACCAUGACGAUUUCGUAUGGUGCAGUGAGAAUAACGUACCGCACACGCUCUUUGCCGACGCCGUUACGCAGCUUGAGAGGAGGUACGCCACGUGCUUGCUGGAGACCGUCAAAAAUAGAACUGCAGCAGGCGGAGCGAGUAGCGAGGAGAAUGUUUCCAAUUGGAGCGAACAAACCAUGGGUCUCGGUGAUGGCCGGGGCUACGGUUUGGCCGGAGGGAUAGCAUGCGGUGUAUGCUCACAGAAAGAGCGUAGUGAGCGAGCGGGUGAUCGCUUUCUUCGUUGCAGGCGCUGUGGUGUUCAGGCUCACCUUAGCUGUUGGUACCUCAAUCAACUUCCCCUCGACGUGGAAGACUGGUCAUGUCCAGCUUGUCAUGUUGCCCGCCGUGAGAAAGGCUUAGGUCAUUGUUGUGUUUGUCGCCGAAAGGGUGGUGUGAUGCUACCGUACAUGUCGGGUGUGGAGUGGCGAAGGUAUGAACAGUUAGCCAGUCACGAAAUACCUAAAGAAGAUUCUCCAGCAGCAGCUUUUUGUCAUGUUGUGUGCGCCCUUGCAUUCUCUGAGUUGUUGAUUGAUGAGCAACGAAGGGUUGUGCAUCCCGCAAAACGAGCUAAGAGGGUUGGCGUUAUUGCAUUAUGUGUCUUCUGCCGUAGCAACAGUGGUGAGGGUCUAACAAUGUGUCACCACAAGCGGUGCUUCACCUCCAUGCAUCCCGCAUGCGCACAGAUUGCUGGUACUAUUGAAUGUUACCGCGCAGAGAGCGUGCCAGCGGGCUCAGCGUGGGGUGGUUGCAAUGUGUAUUGUAGCGAUCACUUCAGAGAAGCGCUGAGUGUUGCUGCACAUUCAGAGGUGACUAGUGUAAACGCGGAGUCAGCGGCUCUUAAACAUGUAACGCCCAGCGGACUGGUGACCCUCGAGAAUGAUAACCACGUAGAGGGUUCGAAUUUGGCUGGUGUUGUUUCUAAUUCUGCUGUAGCUCCCUCUCUGGAUGCAGUCAAGUUGCGUUGGGUGGAGAAGCGGGCACAGCGACUACGUGAAAGUGCACAGAUGGUGGAGGAGAUUAGAAAGGGAAAGCGUGACAUUUUGUCGGUGCUUUUUCGUCCCGAGGUAGUAAAAGUCUCAGCAACGGAAGUUCAGCUCUCCCGUUUCGUUUUCCUUAUACCUGAGCUGCAGCAACAUAUUAAUUCCGCCGUCGAGGGUAUAUUACCCGUUGUAGAUGACGAGUAUGAAGAUGUGCAGCGAUACAGGAAGGUGCAAUCACGUACCCGUCACGCUGGAAACACCGUGCAACUUUACCAAAAGAUGCAGCAGGUCGUUUCGCACGUUGAUGUGUUUUGUGAACUAAGUAAUGUUAUCCGUAAGCGGGCUGCUCUUCGGCGUGAGUGGGUGGAAACUGAACUUAAAAUUUUACAUCAGCGCUGUGGUAUCGCCGACGACAAUUAG